GGCUCCACUGUACCUUCUAGCGGAACCUAGCGUGGGAAUUCACCAUGUAAUAUUUAACAACCACAUUUAUCAGUAUCUCUUUGCCUUUUUCAGUCAACAGAUGGACAGUGCGGCGAAGGAAACCAUGGACUGAUGAAUAACAAUGAGCUAACGCCGAAAUACGGACACACAAACGGAAUAAGGACGCGCUUUUGGUGUUUGACACUGUAAUUUCAAUGACAUAGCUUUUCCUCUAUGGUAGCCCAAAUAGAACAGCUGUCAGCGGCGUAAAAGCGCUCUUUGAUUGAAACGCCAUCAUGGGUCCAAUGCAAAGAGGUCUGAGUCAGCUACUGGGACGAUGCAGGAGGAAGCCAUGGGCGGAGUUGUGUUUUUGUGCAACAAGUGGAGAACGCUUCAGAACCUAUUGCAGCUCUACUAGCCCACACCCAGCUGACUUGGACCCUCUGGAGGUCCACAAACAGCGACUCCAGAUGUGGUUCAGUCACUUGCCCCAGGAGGAGAAGCAGUUUGGGGGGUACUUCAGCCCAGAGACCAUGCAUGUGGACCCCCUGAUCCUGGAGAGGAAGCCAGAGGAGCGGGCCAGGCUGCUCUCCUCCGCCUUCAGCCCUCACUCCCAGCACCUCUCCAAAACUGUGGAGGAGCUCUUUGAGCCCAGCCCAUCCUGGGACUCCUCAAGGGGGCUGAAUGUGCUGUUGUAUGGGGCAGUGGGUACUGGGAAGAGCACGGUGGUCCGAAAGCUGGUGUUGGAUUGGUGCAGAGGCAGGACUCUGGGACAGUUCAAGCUGCUCAUCCCCUUCUCCUGUGAGGACCUCAGCCAGCUGUCAAAAGUGUCUUCUCUGCGUGACCUGGUGAGCCGCAAGUAUCUGCAACUACGCAAACACCCCCUGUUGAGCGGAGAGGGGGACCAGGCACGAGACAUCCUGUUUCUGUUCAACGGUCUGGAGAAGAUGAAGCUGGACUUUAGAAUCGGCUCCACAGAGCUCUGCAGUGACCCAAACGAAGCACUGCCCCCUGCAGUCGUGGUAGUCAACCUGCUCCGCAAAUAUCUGCUGCCACAGGCCAGUAUUUUGGUCACCACACGUCUGUCUGCUGUGGACCGUGUUCCUCCGAAAUACAUCAGUCGUCACGCUCAAAUCUGCGGCUUCAUCGACCCCGACCGCCAGCGAGCAUACUUCGCCAAACGCCUUCUCCAGCAAACUGAUGACGCUGCUCCCAAAGAAGAGGCGCAAGCUCUCAUUGAACUACUCUAUCUCAACCUCCAAAGGGAAAGCCAGUUAGCCACUGCCUGUUUCUUACCAUCUUACUGCUGGCUAACAUGCGCUACGCUACAUUUUCUUCAUUUCACCAAUGCCAACGCACCCAUUCGAACACUUACUGGGAUAUACACCAGCUUCUUGCGGUUAAACUUUGGAGGUGAAGUUUUGGGAAUGGGAACGGGAGCGGGUACGCCAAUCCAAGACCACCAUAACUCACUAAUGCUGUACGUUGUCCAGACCGUCGGAAAACUAGCGUUUGAUGGGGUCACAAAUAAACGCAUGUCAUUUUCAGAAAAAGAGUUGGAGCAAUGGAUCGGAGGGAAAACAAAAACAGAUGAGGAGUUGCGGCAGCUGGCCAUGUUUAGGACUGAUGUGUUGGACUUUUUCCUGGCUCCAAGUGUUGACAGUAACAAGCCUUCAUCCGCAAAGCUGAGUGAACACGAGGAGCUGAGAUAUGUGUUUGCAGCUCCAGCCAUGCAGGAAUACCUUGCUGCACUGUAUGUGGUUCUGGGAGAAAACAAGUCUGCGCUGGAGAUACUUAGCAAACAGGUGUCCAAAGCUAUCGGUCAGGCCAGUGAGGAUGUGAACGCUCUCCUCGCCAUUAUCUCCAAGUUCAUCCCAUUGCGCAUUUUUACCAUCUUCAACCUUCUCAAACUCGUCCCCAAACUCUUCGAAAAGUUCACUGUUCGAAACCAAGGCCGGAUUGGUCGCACUCUGGCUACGGAGAUGUUUCGCACAGAGGACAGUUAUAAUGAAGAUGUCCUGGACCAGGUGGAGCAGAACCUUUUGGGGGUGCACGGUCCCCACCAGCCCCAGAAAAGUGAGGAACACCCAUUUGAGCUCUACCCCAUCUUUAUGGGUGGUUUGUUAAACUAUGGAAACAGAGUCCUGCUCCAACAACUGGGCUGCACCAUCCAGAACGAUACAGUGGCACAGAUCACCAAAGCUCUGCGCAAAUAUCUAGUCAGAGAGCUGAGUAAGCCGCAGCCCCCUGAGGAGUUGAUGGACCUGCUGUUCCUUUUGUACGAGUUCCAGAACCCCAGACUCACAGCAGAGGUCCUGUCCUACAUCCGCUCUGUUCGCCUCCGCAACAUCAGGAUGACCUCACUUAAGUGCUACGUGCUCAGCUCUGUCCUCUCCUGUACUCCCCCCAGUUACCAUCUGGAGGUGCUGGACCUGUCUUCCUGUUUGCUGACAUGUGACAUGAUUAGGAUUCUGUUACCUGCCUUCAGACACACACACCACCUCAACCUGCAGUUUAAUAGCCUGGGCCCUGAGCCCUGUCUCCUACUGAGUGACCUGCUGAGAGACCCCAAGAGCUGCAUUAAGACUCUGGAACUGUGUGAUAACCCAAUACUCAAUGCUGGUGCUGCGUCUCUUCUGGAAGCGUUGCCUGAAAACCAGUCUCUGCGUCACCUGUCCCUGAUGCACACAGGGCUGGCAGAUGGGGGAGCUGUGGAGCUGGCUCAGGCCCUACACAAACAUAGCAGUCUGGAGGAGCUGAAUGUGGCCUACAACAACAUUGGGGACAAUGCUGCACUCAGCCUCGUAGACGCCUGCAGAGAGCACCCCACCAUCCACACACUGCACCUGUACCUGAACCCUCUGAGUGACGUAGGGAAGCGCUCCUUGUAUGUGCGCGGGGACCCGAGCAAAAGUGGCCGUAAAGUCCGAGUCCUGGCCUCAGUAACAGAGGGGUCCGACCUGUCCGAGGACUGGCACCCUAUCCUCUCUGUGAUCAUUGAAAACGCAAAGUCCUGGGACAGAGAGAGGGUCAAGCAGCAGCUCAGGGUAUUCCUGCGUGAUCUAGAGUGGGGCCGGCAGCAGCAGCCGAGUUUCUGGAAGAGACUUCACUUCUGGCGUGUGGAGAGAGGAAUCCGCGAGACUCUGAAAAUGUUGGAAAAAGACCAAGUGGCCCAUGUGUGUGACGUGUGUGACAAAACACCAGCAAAAUAACUCCAAAUACAUGCAGGAAAUGAUAUCACACAAUACUAUACAAUUAUUUUUGUCAGCUAUUAAAAGCAAUAUUUAAAUGUAGGUUUGUUUUUAAGAAGGGACAUAGGAAAACGUAUGUCUUUAGUAUGAACAAAAGUGAAUAACCAUCUGUAAGAGCAGUCUUCCAGACACAAGGGACAGAGAGUGUGUAAAAAUAUAUGAUAGGAUUAAUUCAGGGAUAUAUUGAAGUAGCUGUUACUGGGAUUGGAAUGUUUUAUAUACAGUUGAAACCAGAAGUUUAUAUAUACUUUAUCAAAAGACAGAUAUGCUUUUUUCUCACUGUUUGACUUGAAAUCAGACUAACAAUUUCGUGUUUUAGGGCAGUUAGGAUUACCAAAAUUAUUUCCAUUAUCCAAGUGCCAGAAUAAUGAGAGCAGGAUUUUUAGACAAUUUUCAUUACUUUCUUCAAAGUCAGUAGUUUGCAUACAGUAAGAUUACUAUGCCUUUAAACAAUUUGGGAAAAGAGAUGAUGAUGUCAUGCCAACAUUUAAGUAAAUUAGUGACACAUCUGUGGAUGUAUUUUUAGGUACACCUGAAACACACUGUUUCUUUCUGUAACAUCAUGGGAAAGUCAAGAGAAAUUAGCAAAGAUAUCAGGAAGAUAAUUGUGGACUUGCACAAGUCUGGUUCAUCCUUGGGGAAUUUCCAGAAGUCUAAAGCUUUGGAAUGAGUGGUGGUGCUUAACCAUAAUGUAAUGUACUUUUAAAAAGACAAAACCAUGUUUUAAGCCACAUUCAUAUGUGGUCAGAUUGACAUGAAUGGUUUCUGAAACUGCUGUAAGCAUUGAUAUUUUGGCGUUUAAAACUAAGCAUUCUAAAUGCAGAUUAACAAUGUGAAACAAUGUUUACAUGUAAACCAAUAAUCUGAGCAUGAUCUGAUUUCUGGAGUUGUCGAAGCUGUUAAAAUGGCAUGUAAAGAUCUAAGUCUGAUAUGAGUAAUCUGAUUACAUUCUGAUACAUACAAUAUGUAAGCAUUAUGUAAUUUCACACACAUGCCAGUUAUCAGCCAAUGGCUGUGCAUGAGAGCCAAAUCUGCUCAAAACGGAGGGCCAUGUAGUACAGUACAGGUCAGUGUCCCCUAACUUUGACAGUUAUCAAUAUGUAGAAAUAAAGGGCAUAUUAAAUAUUCUCGGAUAGUAAUUUUCAUCUGAAUUCAAUGUAAAGUUAAGAUUGUGCCUUAAAAUCUGAGAUGGAGCAGUUUAUCAACCUUUUGUCUUAUAGGGGCUAGUGAUUAGUAUUUGCACAUUUUAUCAUAUGCUGUACUAAUAUUAUAUAAUCAAGUUAUAUGAAUGUCAUUUUGUAUUUGUUUCUGUCUGCUUCUCUUUCUCAACUCAUGAAUUCUUAGACUUUUAACAAAUUAAGGAAUAUCACUAUUGCAGCUGCAUGUUUGUUGACUGAAUGGAAGACAAAAAUGAUGCACCUUGUUGUCUUGUUACAUGCCGUUUGAAAAUUAAAUGUAACUACCAGU